UUAUUUUCCUGUCAGAUUUUUGAUUUUGUACAUACAUUGUUUUGUAUAUACUAUAUAUGAUGACUUCAGUGGGCAGUGAACGUACCCGGGGCACUCGGGGCAAAACACAAAUUUCAGCCACACAGCCAGCACAAUCACAGAAGCAAGUAGUACAGGCAACAGCAGAACAGAUUCGCCUUGCUCAGAUGAUCUACGAUAAGAACGAUGCAGAUUUUGAAGAUAAAGUGAAACAACUUACUGAAGUGACGGGGAAAAACCAGGAUGAAUGCAUAGUGGCACUACAUGACUGUAAUGGGGAUGUGAACAGAGCAAUCAACAUACUACUGGAAGGAAGUUCAGACACGACUUCUUGGGAGACUGUAGGGGGAAAGAAGAAAAGCCUUGGAAAAGAAAGUUCAGAGAACAGAGAAAAACGAGGGGACAGAGAAGUGAGUCGCGGACGGGGAAGUUCCAACAGACGGGGAAGUUCCAACAGAUGGGGAAGAGGAGGCAGCCAUGGCCAAGAGUUGUUUGGACGUGGCAGAGGGAGAGGAGCAGGGAGGUUUUCAGCCCAAGGCAUGGGGACAUUUAACCCUGCAGACUAUACGGACUCUUCUGCCACUGAUGGCUUUGGGACAAAAUCAGAUAUUUGGGAGACUGGUCAGAAUGAUGCAGAUGAUGGAACUGGAGCAUGGAAAAACUCGAGGGAAGAAUGGACAGCAGAAGACUGGAAUGAAGAUCUUUCUGAAACAAAAGUCUUCACUGCUUCCUUUGUUCCAGCUGAGAAACAUGUAACUCCUGGGAAAACCAUUGAUUUGGUAACAGUGAUUCAAAAGCCUGUGACCUCUAUCCAAGAGACAGAAGGCAACUCAUUUGAGGCUUCACAACAUCAGACCUUUGGCCAAGCCCUAGUCUUCACAAAUUCACAGCACAGCACCCAGAUGGCAUCAGGAACUGGCAUCGCCAGUGCUGUAAACUCUUAUUCUCCUCAAAGUCUGUCUGCAGUUGUUUGUUCUGGCUUUGGAGAACUCAGAUCCUCUAAAUUGGCAAACUCUACUGGAUCCCAAACCUUGGACCAAUUAAAAUCUCCAGCAUUGGGUCAGUUUACCUCUCAAGAAAACAAUAGUAGCUCUACCACCACCACAACUACCAUAUCAUCCUGGGAUCUAAAACCACCCGUUACUCAGUCCUCAGUCCUUAGUCAGUUUGACUUUAAAUCCCAGCCUGAACCAUCCCCAGUUCUAAGCCAGCUGACCCAGCGACAGCAACAACAAACACAGGCUGUUCCUGUUCCUUCUGGGCUGGAGUCCUCCUCCCAGAUAAAACUCCGAGAGCCAACACCAGCAGACAAAUCUACAGCUGUUGGCAAAAUGUCACAGCUCCCCACUAUAUCUAUGGAUAACCAAGCAGUCACUGCCCAUCAAACCCAGCAGAAAAAGAUAAAACCACCAAAACGGAGGAUAGGUCCAGUAUCCAAG